GAGCGUUCAAGCGAACAUGGAGGUAAAGGUGAAAAAGGCCCAGGGACUUGGAUGUCGGAUCACCCGAACCAUCAGAUCCGACACGUGACCUAUAGCGGGCCUUGGCUUCGAUUUCCAUGCCUCAACACUUGGUCUUGCCGAAUGAAUUGCUGUUCACCAUCCUAGCGGAUGUGUUGUCGUAUAGCAUUCACAUAUCUAUCGUCGCGGACCCGGACGACAUCGAUUGGCAUCUGGACGCGCAUCACAUUCUGUCCUCGGUGUGCUACUCUUUCAGAGAGAUAGUAGACAGGAUCUCCUGCAAGGUCUUCCAGUACUCGCCUAAUGUAGACGCGAACGACACUGCCUCUCGCUCAAGUCUGAUUCAGCACGUCCGUCGUCAGCAACGCGGCCUGCGUUUCCUCGCGAAGGCGAUACGAGAUCCAGUCACCCCAGGAGCAUCUCGCUCUUUCUCUAUUGAGAACCUGGACACCAACGCCUCUCAACUCGUGCAGGGUUAUUCGCUUUACAUCGCCAUCAUUUACCUCCGGGCGCAAGCUGCGCGCAGUACGGCAGAGAUCUAUCACGCCACCAGUUCGACGAUCUUGGGUGCGAUCGUCACCCUGUCUCAAGUGCUUUACAACCGCAUCGGCCCCUCCGAGGCCGCGGUGCUGCUGAAGGAAGCGACUCAGGCGGAGGCGGAGCUGUCGCGCAUCGGGGUGUCCGUGAUGAAUCAGACCACCAUCCUUGCGGAACAGGUAGAAGCGUUGGCUCUUGCUGGCGAGAGCGACGACGACGUGGUCCAUGUGCGUGUAUGACUCUUUCUCGCGUUGCUUUGUGCCAAUCAGUGUGUAGUCCCAUCGGCUCAAAGCGGAGCAGUCUAUCAAGCUUAUCGCUGCUGCAGACGCAGAGUUCCUUGCACUCUAUGGUCGCAGCAUUCCUUUCCCGUGCUGCUCGCCGACCUGGCCUGCUCAGCUUCCCGACGUGCAAAGUAUCGUGCAACGCAUUUGUGAGAUAUUGGACCGGAUAGAGCUCGUCGGGGUGGAUUCACACAAGCAGUUGCGUACGCUGUUUGAGCGCUGGACCUCUUCUGGGUCCUCCCCUGUCACGGAGCUCACGGGACCGACUGCGACUGCGGUUAGCGCGCCUGCAUCGAAGCUAGACUGAAGUCCUCGGUCCGCUGCCCACACCUCAAGUCGUUCCUUCGCACAUGUUUUGCCUGUCUUCAUCAUUAUCAUAACUUAUCUAGCACUCACGGACAUGUAUAUCUCAUGAGAAUGACGUUCCGCGCCGUGCGGUGCCGGUUCCCGCCUCCUCAAGUCAGCUGAACGUCACCUGACGGGUCGAAACUUCUCAUGUUUCCUUCUGCGCCCCACGGCCUGCGAGAUGGAGGAAGGUGGGGCUCUUAAAAGAGCUGCCUGUCAUUGAGCAAUCUUGCCUUCGGUACAACUUAAUCAUCCGGGAAUGUGGAUCGCUCCUUUUCGUGGAAAGGCUCUCGUGUGGGCUAUCACGGCCUGUUGCUGUCAAGGUUUUCUGCUUCUUGGAUACGACCAGGGUGUGAUGUCCGGAAUCAUUGGCGCGGACAACCAGUUUGGGAAGGACUUCGGGCAUCCCAAUCCCACUUCGCAAGGAACUAUUGUAGCGAUCUACGAUAUCGGAUGCGCUGUAGGAAGCUUGGUGGUAUUCUUCUUCGGCGAGUCGAUUGGGCGUAAAAGAAUGAUCCUUUUCGGGGCUGGAACGAUGCUCAUUGGCACGGCAAUCUUGACCAGCAGUACCACGAUUGCACAGCUUUAUGUGGGGAGGGUGGUCACAGGCAUCGGCAAUGGCUUCAACUCGUCUUCGGUCCCUGUAUAUCAGAGCGAAACGGUGUCUGGGAAAAUCCGCGGAGCUCUCGUGUGCCUAAACUCGACUGUCACCAUCAUCGGCCUCGUUAUCGCUUACUGGCUCGAUUAUGGCAUGUCGUUCCACUCAGGGCCAGCGCAGUGGCGCCUUCCUGUUGGGUUCCAGGCUGUGUUUGCUCUGUGUUUGUUUGUCCAGUGCUUGAUGUUGCCGGACAGCCCACGUUGGUUGAUCGCCCACGGCCGCAGUGACGAAGGCGCCCGUGUGAUUGCUAUGCUAGAAGGCCGUGAAUCGGUAGAUCACCCCGAUGUUCAGCGAGUCAAGGCGGAAAUCGAACACUCGCUGAGCGUUGAGUCAGAAGGAGGUCCUUUCCAGUACAAGGAGCUCUUCCAGGGCGGGCCUGUUGGUAAUUUCCGGCGCAUCUGUUUAUGCAUUGGCGUGAACGUCAUGCAGCAAUUCACAGGGGCCAAUAUGAUCAAUUAUCUCGCGCCGGUGGUGUAUCAGAACACCAUGGGCCUAUCCCGGAAUCUCAGUCUCAUUCUCGGCGGAUUCACGGCUGUUACCUAUAUGGUCGCUUCUUUCAUUCCGCUCUGGACCGUAGAUCGCUUUGGUCGGCGCCCGCUGCUGAUGUUUUCCGCUGCCGGCCUUUCUCUGUGCUUCAUCCUGGCGGCGAUCCUUCUGUCCACGGGAACGAAACCGGCUGCCUUCGGGGCCACGGCGAUGGUGUUCAUCUUCCAGAUCUUCCUGGGUAUUGGUUAUCUGCCGAUUCCUUGGUUGUAUCCUGCUGAGAUCAGCACGACACGAAUUCGCGCUCGUGGCUCUGCCAUCUCCAGUUUCUUCAACUGGAUGUGUGUGUUCGCAGUGGUUCAGAUGACACCGCCAGCCAUCGCCAAGAUAAAUUGGCGUGUGUUCAUCAUUUUUGCCGUUUUCAACGCCUGCUGGGUGCCUCUCGUCUACUUCUUUUUCCCAGAGACGAAAGGUCUCGAGUUGGAGGAAAUCGAUGUUAUUUUCGAGAAAGGCGGUAUCACAGGUGGCGUCUGGGACGCCCGGAAGAAUGGCGGAAGGACUGUGCGCGCGCGGCUCACGGAUGACGAGGAGCACCGCAGACGCGAUGAGAAAAACCUGGAGGAGAAAGAGACCGAUAUUCGCGCGGAGAACGCCUGAGAAUGGUAGAUCAUUUGCAACAGCGUGGAAAUUUAGACGUAUCCUUCUGAAGUGGGGCAACGGCUGAAUUCUUCCGAAGCAUCUCCCCCGAAAUUGGCCGGUGUGCCGCAUGACGCGAGACUGGUGGAGACUUCCGGUUAAUUUCUACAAAAGCAGUGGUCGGAGUUAGCUUGCCGUCUCCAUCGUGCGCGUUCUCGAACCGGACGCUGAGAAGGCUGGGAGCUGACGCCGCUUCAACAUCGCUUCGUGUCAACUUUGAUAGAACGAGCACACGCGCCAUGGAACGAAAUCGUCCAAAACAUACCAGAACCAC